CGGCCGGAGAUAUUUAUCCGAACACACUGUCCCUCCCAGUAAAACGUCCGGAGGUUUCAGUCUGCGUGCCGCGAAUCUGAAAGAAAACUAUGUCAAAUUAAAGAAGAAUCUGUUGUUUCUCCACAUCGAUGGAAGAAGAACAGUAUCCGCUGCUGAUCUAAGUAUGGAGCUUGCAUGUUUACUUCAUGACCUUCAUCUAUCAUCUUCGUCCUCUGAGAAGCCCCUCCCCUCUCCCUCCCUUCCUCCAAUCACAGAGCUCCUGUCUCGGCUGCAGGAGAAGCUGAUUGGUGCGUCCACUGACUGUGAAAAAAGCUCUCUGAUUGGUCGUGUGGAAAGGCUCUUCCAAACAGCAGAUCCCCAUUGGCUGUUCCCAGCCAAUCAGGAUAAUGGGUGGGCAGAGCUUCAGGAUGCGUACAGCUCUCUGGUCAACGUUCUGAUUGGCUGUGCAGCUCUGCCGCUCUGUGAGGGUGACUGUGACUCUCUGCCGGCCGCAGCCUAUCAGAGCAUCCCUAGCAGAGCUGGACCAGUAUGCUCCAGCCUCACAGCGCUGCUGGGAACUUUGGGAAACAGAGGCCGUCAGACUAGUCUGCUGCUUGCUGUAGCUCCAGCUGUGGCUGUGUUCGCUGUCACUCAUUUCCAGGAUCAGGCAUGGACCAGCUGCUCCUCCAGAGCAGCGGCUCAGAGCCUGCAGGAGGCGCUGCUGAGGGCGGGGGGCUGGAGGGACUCCCCCCACCUUCUGAUGGGGGACAGGAGUCAGAGGGAGGAGGGGGAGGAGGGAGGGAAGAACAGAGGAAUUCUGGGAGGAAUCCUGGAUGUCCUGCAGCAUCAACUGACCAAGGACUCGUGGCAGCGCUGCGAAGCAGUGAAGUUGGUGUUUGCGUGGACGCUCCUGCAGGUGACCCGCCCCUCUCUCACCCCUCACCUGUCCCACCUCCUCCCCCCCUCCCUCCUCCUCAACGACCACUACAGACCAGAGAACUGCAUGCUGGGAGUUCGCUGUCUGCACCACAUCGUGCUCAACACGCCUGCUGCAGAUCUGCGUCAGUUCAACAGAGCAGAAGUUAUCUACCAGGCGUUAUUCAAACACCUGUACACUACAGAGACUGCUGUCAUACAGUCGGUCCUGUCCUGUCUUUUGGACCUGUUGUUGGUUUUGGAGAAGCCCCCCUCCUCUCUCGCCCCCUCCUCCUCCCGCAGGAAGCCCUGUCGCCAUGACGACGUGCUUCGUCUGGUCCUGAGACACAUGGAGGCGGAGGACAAGGUGGCGCUGCGACGUGUCUACGCCUCCGCUCUGCCUCUGUACAUAGACAGGAUGGGCGUGGCGGUGUGCAGACACCUGCGGCAGGUGGAGCGGGUGGUGCUGGGAUACCUGGAGGUCAGAGAUCCACCUGAAGAGACGAGCCGACUGAAGAUCCUCGAGGUCCUGCAGAGAACAACCAGAGCAGCCUGGCCACGAAUGGCGUGUCAUGUUGCCGUGUUGCUGCGUUGCCUGUUGAAGUUGCUGGUUGCUGUGUCUUCAGACUGUCAGCUCAGUGACUCAGUGAGACAGAAGCUGAUGAAUGAAACGUCUGUCUGUCUCAAACUGCUGGACGGCUGCUGUCAUGGAGACCUGCAGCCUCUCCUCCAGCAGGUCGACAGCAGCUGCUGCAGCUCUGAAGUGCUCAGUUGCCUAGCGACAGUAACUGUGACGACAGAGAGGUGAUGUCAAACACCUGGAACAUCUCCCUACUGAAGACGUAAAUCUAUAAAAACAUAAAUAUUGACUUUGAUCAGUAAGUUUCUCAAACAGCUGGUCACUGUAGUUUUUAUCAAACAGGAAAUGUGUAGGGGACUAUUUUCAGCGGCAGAUUAAGAUCUGACACACGUGUAGAAAAUAUAGAACUGCUGCUGCUCUUGUUUCAGGUAACUAUUGUAUAUUAUGGGCUGGAAUGUGUAAAAGUAACAUUUCUUAAUGUUGUUACCAUGACAGCCGUGUGUUUUUUUUCUUUGUGCAAAUCAAACAAAAGAGAUAAACAGUGUGUAUAUUCA